UUCUGUUCGUUCGCGAAUUUUAAUACUCCCAGCACUUGUCUUUUAAAAGACAAUAUUAUUUUGAACUGGAUCUACUACUAAGACAGCAACUAAAACUCGAAGAGGUACUACGUUUCAGGAUGAUGUUUAAUAUUUCAAGGCUGCAAUCGGCCUACGUAUACGUUACUGAUGAUCCUCGAGACUCCAGCGUGAAGAAUUUACCCUUUCUGUCAUCACCGUUUCCUAUGAUUAUCGUGAUAGUGUCCUACUUAUAUUUCUGCAACAAUCUCGGGCCAAAGAUAAUGAAGAAUAGAAAAGCUUUGAAUCUUAGAUCAUUGCUUAUUGUUUACAAUGCAUUUCAAAUAUUGGCAUCAGCAUGGUUGUUGACUCAGGGUGUUUUGUACUCAUGGCCAAUGAGAUACAAGUUCUUCUGUCAGCCUCUUGAGAUAGAGAGCAGUGAAAUUGGAAUAUGGGCAUCGAAAGUAUUGGCUGCUUAUUAUUGGCUGAAAAUUGUGGAUUUGCUUGACACAAUAUUUUUCGUGCUUCGUAAAAAGUUCAGCCAAAUAACUUUUCUACAUUUAUAUCAUCACACAAUCAUGGUUAUAUCAUCAUACAUGGUAUCUAAGUACUAUACAGGUGGCCAUUUGACGUUGGUGGGAGAACUAAAUUCAUUUGUGCAUAUGGUGAUGUAUACAUACUACCUCAUGACGAGUAUACACUCAAAAUAUAGUCAAUUAAUCUGGUUUAAGAAAUUUAUAACACAACUUCAAAUGGUACAGUUUUUGAUCCUGACGGUUCAAUCUUUUCCGACUUUGUUCUGGGAAAACUGUGACUAUCCGAAGUGGCUCCGUGCUAUAUCAACAGUUCAGAACGUUUUCAUGUUUUGUCUUUUCGGAAACUUCUACAAAACAGCGUACUACAAGAAGAAGACCAACUAAAAUUGUGUUUGGUAAAAAAAAAAAAAAAAAAAAAAAAAAAAAAAAAAAAAAAAUCAGGCAACGCUUUUUGCUUUGUAUGUAAUUUUUUAAGUGUUAGCGUAAUAAGGUAAUCAUUGAAUCAUUGUUUACGAAUUUUUUGAUGUUUUUUAAAGGAAAUUAAAAUAGAUUUGAAAAAUUCUUAAAACCGCUUGAAAAAAAUAUGCCUACAAUGACUUUUUUUAUACAUAUUAAAAUUUUUAAUAAAUUCAUUUCCAAAUAAAAAUUAAUUUUUAAAUUGG